GCCUGUGGCUAGUUCAGGUGCUGAGGGAGAAUCACGCUUUUCCGUGCUCUGAUGCCCCGCCUCGCCUUAUGAUGCAAAGAGCCGUCUGUGGUGGCCUGGGAGUUGCAAUAGGAACUGGAACGGUGGUUUCUUCACUUCUUUAUAUAUAUAUAUGGAUAGAGAAAAGCAGUUGAAACAGCUGACCAGAUGUCAAGAAUGGAGAUUGAAGCUGUAAGAAGCAAAACAAUGGAAAAAGAAACAACUGAACAAAGAAAGGAACGAGAAAAAAAGAAAAGGUCCAGAGUUAAACAGGUGCUUUCAGAUAUAGCAAAGCAAGUGGACUUCUGGUUUGGAGAUGUGAAUCUUCACAAGGACAAAUUUCUCCGAGAACAGAUAGAAAAAUCUAGAGAUGGGUAUGUUGACAUAUCACUUCUAGUUUCUUUCAACAAAAUGAAAAAAUUGACCACUGACAGAAAAUUGAUAGCCCGAGCCGUUAAAAGUUCAUCUGUUGUGGAGUUGGAUUUAGAAGGAACUAGAAUACGAAGACGGCAGCCACUGGGUGAGCAACCAAAAGAUGUGGACAGUCGUACUGUGUAUGUGGAAUUGCUUCCUAAAAAUGUCAAUCACAGUUGGAUUGAACGGGUAUUUGGAAAAUGUGGCAAUGUAGUUUAUAUCAGCAUCCCUCGCUACAAGACUACUAGAGAUCCAAAGGGAUUUGCAUUUGUCGAAUUUGAAACAAAAGAACAAGCUGAAAAGGCAAUUGAGUUCUUGAAUAAUCCACCAGAAGAUGCACCAAGAAAGCCUGGUAUAUUCCCCAAAACUGUAAAAAACAAAACUGUUCCUACAUUGCCUACAAGUGACUCCAGUGUGGUUGAAGAAAAAAAGAAAAAAAAGAAGAAGAAAUCAAAAACAAAGAAGGAAAACAGUCAGCAGUCAUCUGCAGAAACAAAGGACUCAAAUGCGGACAUUAUGGCAGAGCACACAAGUAAGUCAAGGAGACGCAGGACUGUGUCUGAAAAUUCCGAGAUGGAAUUAUCAGAAAUCCAAAGACAAUCUUCAAAGAAAGAGAAAAAGAAGCUUGAUAGAACAGAGCGCUCAAAUUCAGCAGAAAACAGACAUGGAAAAAGGAAGCGAAGUCACUCUGGGGAUUCUGAGGUGUCAAUUGUGAAAGUAAAGAAAACUUCUCAUAAAGAUAACGUUCAUUCUACAAAAGAAGAAUCAGUAGAAGGGCCAGAGGAUUCUAAAGAAAUAUCAACUGAAGAAGAGAGAGAGGUGGGAGAUAAGAAAGAUACAUCCCUUUCGAAAUCUAAAAGGAAACAUAAGAAGAAACAUAAAGAGAGACACAAGAUGGGUGAAGAAGUCAUUCCACUAAGAGUCCUCUCAAAAAAUGAAUGGAUGCAGCUGAAACAAGAGUACUUGACCCUGCAGAAAGCGAGCAUGUCAUCCUUAAAAAAAGCGAUGACUCAAACAAAAAAUAUGACUGAGGGGGAAAUGGAAACAAAUGCCUCUACACCAAACCAUCCUGCAGCAAAAAAUGGCAAAUCUGGCCAAGAUGGGUUAGCCCCUGUGGAGAAGGCUCAUUCAAUGGGACCCCAGUUUGAGAGUGGAGUAAUUGUGAAGAUCCUUAGUGCUGAACCUUUGCCAGGCAGAAAGCACAUCAAGGAUGUGUUAGCAACAAUUGCUAAUGUUGCUUAUGUUGACUUGCUGGAAGGAGAUACAGAAUGUCAUGUGCGGCUUAAAACACCUGAAGAUGCCCAAACCCUAAUAAAGUCACAGAAAGAGCUGCAAACGAAAAACAACUGGAAACUUGAGAUCCUGUCAGGUGAUCAUGAACAGCGAUAUUGGCAGAAGAUCUUGGUAGAUCGACAGGCUAAACUUAAUCAACCACGAGAAAAGAAGCGGGGCACAGAAAAGCUAAUUGCCAAAGCUGAAAAAAUGAGACUAGCAAAGACACAAGAGAUGAGCAAGCAUAUUCGGUUUUUGGAAGAUGAGUAAAUGUCUGAUUUAUUUGUAUAAAAUGAUGUUAUUAUUAAGAAAAUGAUAUAUUAGAUUCCAGUCAUCAGUAAGAAGAGAUACUGUAUAAACAAACACAUGACUGUUUAAAAGAGUAGCAGAACUUUUCUUACCAAGUUACUACUUGUUUCAUGAUACUGUGAGACACAAGAUGCUUCUGACCUUGGGCCAGCUUUAGAAGAAUGUAUUAAACUCCUGUGUGUGUUUUUGAAAUAUAUUUGUACAUUGCAGUUUUAUAAAUUCAGUUGUAAGGAUGAACCAAAUAAAAAACAGAAGUCAUCCUAA